GUCAUGGUUUCUUUGCGAUCAACACGGAGGCCAUAUCUUCUUCAUAGAUUAAUUAUCCCCUCGUUGUCACUUCUACCUUCAUACAUUCCUCUCCUCGUUGAUAUAAUCCUAUCCUUCACCCUCCAAAACAGCAACUCUUGUUGGUGGCCAACACUCGUCAACAGAAAUCUCCUUCAAACCGCUCCCCACUAGUCGACCGCUCGUUUGUUCCUCCUCCGACUCCACCCUGAUACUCGCUCCCUAGACACCAUCCUACUCGCUCCUAAAACCCCCUCACCGCCUGCUAUCACUUGUUGAGCACUGAAGGCGUUUGUUUUCAAGCGGACAUAAAAUCUACCUUUUCAUUCAACCACUCUAGAUCAUCGGAUUGCACAAAAAUCAAGAUGACUUCCAGGCCACACAAUAUCGGCAUCAAGGCCAUCGAAAUCUACUUUCCCAGCCAGUGCGUCGAUCAAGCAGAUCUGGAAAAGUUCGAUGGCGUCUCGACAGGCAAAUACACCAUUGGUCUGGGACAAACCCGGAUGUCUUUCUGCGACGACCGAGAGGACAUUUACUCGAUCGCCAUGACCACCCUGUCCAGCCUAAUCUCCAAGUACUCGAUCGACCUGAAAAACGUCGGCAGACUCGAGGUUGGCACAGAAACCAUGUUGGACAAGAGCAAGAGUGUCAAAUCAGUUCUGAUGCAACUUUUCGAAGAGUCUGGAAAUUUCAAUGUGGAAGGUGUUGAUUCGUACAAUGCAUGCUACGGUGGCACCAAUGCUGUCUUCAACUCGGUCAACUGGAUCGAAUCAUCUGCGUGGGAUGGCCGUGAUGCCAUCGUGGUCGCCGGUGACAUUGCUUUAUACAAGAAAGGCAACGCCCGCCCAACUGGUGGCGCAGGAGCCGUCGCAAUGUUGAUUGGUCCCGAUGCCCCCAUCGCCUUUGAAGCUGGCCUUCGAGGAUCUUACAUCACCCACGCCUACGACUUUUACAAGCCAGAUUUGACAAGCGAAUAUCCCUAUGUCGAUGGACACUUUUCGCUCAAGUGCUACACCGAGGCGGUCGACGCGUGCUACAAGGCUUACAAUGCUCGCGAGCAGGCCCUGAAAUCAAAAACCAAUGGCCAUGUCAACGGAAACGGAGUUCAUGCUGAAGAAGCCGACAAAGCUCCCCUGGACAGGUUCGACUACAUGGCGUUCCAUGCUCCUACCUGCAAGCUGGUGUCCAAGUCAUAUGCUCGACUUUUGUACAACGACUUUUUGCAAGACCCUAGCCACCCACAAUUCAAGGAGGUCGCUGCCGAAUUACGUGAUCUGGACUACCAAGCCUCGCUGACCGACAAGAACGUCGAAAAGACAUUUAUGGCUUUGACAAAGAAGCGCUUUGUCGAACGAGUACAGCCUGCAAUCCAGGUCGCCACCAUGUGUGGAAACAUGUAUUGCGGAAGCGUCUACGGCGGACUCGUUGGUUUGAUCAGCAACGUGGCACCAAAGCAGCUGCUGGGCAAGAGACUCGGUAUCUUCAGCUAUGGCAGCGGCCUUGCUAGCUCCAUGUUCAGUUUCAAGGUCGUUGGAGACACCAGCGAGUUUGUCGAAAAAUUGAACCUGCAAGAAAGACUCGACAACCGCCGUGUUGUUGCACCAGCGGUCUACGACGAGCUGUGCAUGCUCCGUGAGAAGGCUCACCUGAAGAAAGAUUUCAAGCCAGCCGGUCAGGUCGAAGACCUUGUAGCAGGCACGUACUACUUGACCGAAGUUGAUGACAUGUUCAGACGCAAGUACGCCAUCAAGGCCUGAUUUGUCCGCCCAGGAAGUUGAAACAUUCCAUGAACUCAUGGCGCCGCACUCGCGUCAUAUUCAGCAUCCUUUAGCAGCAACUGAUGGAAACCUUCGAUAAACAUGGUUCGAAAGAUGGAACGGAUGUCAAUGCCGCUUAGGUUGAUUGCGUCUAUGUUGCACCAGACCUGACGUUUCAGGUCGAUGGCGUUACGCUUGAUUGGCCGCACCUCGAAGAUGGCCUUUGUGUCUAAUGGAGGAAAGCAUCGCAGGAGUUGUUUGGGUUUUCAAAGACGAUCAGCAAAGCACUCAAUACAAGAACUUGUACAUAUGGGGCACGUGGUCUGCGGCAUUAGAAGAUGGAGCCCGGCCACCUUAAUGGAUUACCAGAAAUGAUAGAAUCAACACGCUCUAAAGAUUCC